AUGUCGCUCCAGGCGCACGUCGCCUUCUUCGACCGCGACGGGGACGGCGUGAUCGCGCCCUGGGAUACGUACCGGGGCUUCCGUGACAUUGGCUUCGGGCUGCUCCUCGCGCUUAAUGGGGCAUUCCUCAUCCAUCUGACGCUGUCCUGGCUCACGUGCGGUACUUUCUUCCCGGACCCGCUCUUCCGCAUACGCAUCAAGCAUAUCCAUAAGGGCACGCACGGGUCGACGUCCGGCGCCUACACCACUCGCGGCAAGUUCAACCGGACGGUCUUCGACGACACGUUCGCCAUGUACAGCAGCUAUCCUCACACGCACAUUACCCUGAAGGAAACGCUGCGAAUGGUGCAUGGAAACAUCGACGCGUUCGACGUGUUCGGCUUCCUGGCCAACCUCGCCGAGUGGUUGACUGCCUACGCCGUUCUAUGGCCCGCAGACGGACGAAUGGCAAAGGAAGAUAUACUGGGGAUAUACUCCGGCGCCUACUUCUACAAAAUCUCCGGCAGGACACCGCCCCCAAAUCUGCGGUUCAAGCCGGUGAAUUGA